CAGCUUCCCUCCUUUGCAUAUACGGGCGACACCGGGGCCCACCUUCCUCUGUGCCCAGGGGAAGGCGAAGACGCAGGCAGCGGGACCCCUGAGGAGCAGGAGCCCACGGGAGCCCACACCCCACCACCCAGGGUCACUCGCUCGCUCGCAGGUAACCUGAGGACAAUGGAUGCGGAUGAGGGUCAAGACAUGUCCCAAGUCUCAGGGAAGGACAGUCCUCCCAUCAGCGACACUCCAGAUGAUGGCGAUGAGCCCAUGCCUGUCCCCGAGGACCUUUCCACCAGCUCUGGGGGACAACAGAACUCCAAGGGUGACAGAGGAGUGGUUACAUAUGGGGCUGAUGGCUUUAGGGAUUUUCAUGCACUAAUUCCCAAAGCUUUCUCUCCCAGUAAUGUUAAAGUAGAGACUCAGAGUGAUGAAGAGAAUGGGCGUGGCUGUGAAGUGAAUGGGGAAGAAUGUGCGGAGGAUUUACGAAUGCUUGAUGCCUCGGGAGAGAAAAUGAAUGGCUCUCACAGGGACCAAGGCAGCGCGGCUUUGUCGGGACUUGGAGGCAUUCGACUUCCUAACGGGAAACUCAAGUGUGAUAUCUGUGGGAUUAUCUGCAUCGGGCCCAAUGUGCUCAUGGUUCACAAGAGGAGCCACACUGGAGAGCGACCCUUCCAGUGCAAUCAGUGCGGGGCCUCCUUCACCCAGAAAGGGAACCUGCUGCGACACAUCAAGCUGCACUCCGGGGAGAAGCCCUUCAAGUGCCACCUCUGCAACUACGCCUGCCGCCGGAGGGACGCCCUCACCGGCCACCUGCGGACGCACUCGGUUGGUAAACCUCACAAAUGUGGAUAUUGUGGCCGAAGCUAUAAACAGCGAAGCUCUUUAGAGGAACAUAAAGAGCGUUGCCACAACUACUUGGAAAGCAUGGGCCUUCCAGGCACGCUGUACCCAGUCAUUAAAGAAGAAACUAAUCACAGUGAGAUGGCAGAAGACCUGUGCAAGAUAGGAUCAGAGAGAUCCCUCGUGCUGGACAGAAUAGCAAGUAACGUCGCCAAACGUAAGAGCUCUAUGCCUCAGAAAUUUCUUGGGGACAAGUGCCUGUCCGACCUGCCCUAUGACAGCAGCGGCAGCUAUGAGAAGGAGAACGAGAUGAUGACAUCACACGUGAUGGACCAGGCCAUCAACAACGCCAUCAACUACCUGGGGGCUGAGUCCCUGCGGCCCCUGGUGCAGACACCCCCCGGGGGCUCCGAGGUGGUGCCCGUCAUCAGCCCGCUGUACCCGCUGCACAAGCCCGGGCCCGAGGGUCCCCCGCGGCCGCCACCCUCGGCGCAGGACAGCGCGGUGGAGAACUUGCUGCUGCUGUCCAAGGCCAAGUGCGCCUCCUCGGAGCGCGACGCGUCCCCGAGCAACAGCUGCCAAGACUCCACGGACACGGAGAGCAACACGGAGGAGCAGCGGGGCGGCCUCAUCUACCUGAGCAGCCACCUGGGCCCCCACGCCCGCAACGGGCUGAUGCUCAAGGAGGAGCAGCGCGCCUACGAGGGCGCGCACGACGCCUUCCGUGUGCUCAGCACGAGCGGCGAGCAGGUCAAGGCCUACAGGUGCGAACACUGCCGCGUGCUCUUCCUCGACCACGUCAUGUACACCAUCCACAUGGGCUGCCACGGCUUCCGCGACCCCUUCGAGUGCAACAUGUGCGGCUACCACAGCCAGGACAGGUACGAGUUCUCCUCGCACAUCACGCGCGGCGAGCACCGCUUCCCCAUGAGCUAAAGCACCCGCCUGCCGCCUGCGCGCCCUCUCGCCCGCCUCCUGCCGCCCCCACCCACCAGGCGUGUGUCUGUACAUGGCUUCCAUCCCCUUUUGAACUUGGUUGGUUGAGGUUAGUUGACUUGCUUGGAGAUGCAGGAUUUCCUUGUCUGUAGACGCAGCGUCGCAUUGGAUGCACCCAGGACUUCCCUCUCGCUGGAAGUUUCCAUAGACUCCUAGCUGAAAUCCCCUCACCCGUGAUCCCUAGCUUCCCCUUCUCCAAAGUGAGCCUGGAUUUUCCCAGAGAAUUCAGUAAUACAAGGCAGAGCCUGGGGAGGAGUGAGCUGGUCCCAGAGCAGCGGGCACGGCCCCCGAGGUGCGGUGUCUCCCCCCCCGAGGUGCGGUGUCUCUGGCAGCCCAGCAGAAGAGCCACACGCCAGUCUGAAGCUGCAGAGGGAGCGCCGGCGGCCUGCACCCCGCACCACAGCCCGGGCCACCUGCAUCUGGGCCCGAAAGCUGCCCUUUGGAAGAGAUCCUACUAAGCCAUCCCUGCACAGGAAGAUAAACUGUUUGGGACAAGUGUUGUUGGGCCACGGGGGAAGGGAGGGGGACCGAGCCUCGUAGACCCCGUCUCCCAGUCUCCAGGCACCUCAGGGUUUCCUGGGUGGCAUGGAACCUCCUGAGGCUGCGGUGAGGGGACAGGCCCGGUGGUCCUGGAGACAAAUGCAGGAGCCCUGUUUCUGCUUCCUCAUUCUCUGUCCCAUGAAGCCCCGAAGUCUGUCACUACAUUCUGACCAUCAGCCAGCCUUUGCUCUCUCUGGACCUCUCAAUUUCAGUCAACUCCCUGUGAAACCAAAGCUUCCCUCCAGGUCCACACUCCAUUUUCUGUGUCUCUGCUCUCCUCCACCUGGUUCUGCCCAAGACCAGAGCCCAUGGUCCUGCGGCAGGCCAGCCCCGCCCCUCCCUCGGGACCUUGGCAGGGCCCGGGUCCAAGCGCUGCCCCCGCUCCCGUCCCACUCUCCUGCCUGCUGCUGUAGUUCGGGAACGUGUAGGGGUGACAUCAGGUGAGCACACACUGUAGGAUCAAAGGGAGGCAGCGACCCAGCACUGCAGCUGCUAAUACACAGAACUCCCCCAUUUGAAGCUAGAUGGUGAAGGAGUCAGAAACUCCCGGCCAGACGGAGCAGUGUGCGUGCCACAGAGAAAUGGGAAGUGCAGGCGCUGGGGCCCUUAUCCCCGUGGGGCGACCGCUUGACUCGUCCAGGCCCCAGAGAGGGACGCCCACCUGGUCGCACAAGGCUGCUGGGCCGGAGGGCAGCACCCAGCUACAACAGGGGAAAGUUGCCAUGUCUCCCGCCUCAAGAGUAAUCCUGUCAUUGAGGUCAUUACUUCCCACCACCUUGGUGAAAGAGAGCCUCUGGUUCUAAAUGCUUACAGUUCUGGCCUUCACCCGAACUGUCCAAAGUGAACACAGGUUGCAGAGGGGAAGCUGUGAAAGCACCUCCACGUUAGUGUCAACCAGGGUUCUCUGUGUCAGGCGUGAGGGCAGGUGGCCCCUUCCUGGGGGUCCCUCCUGGGUAUGGUAGGGCACGUAGGAGCACCCUUGGUCACUACCCAAAAUGUCUCCCCAGGGGGCAAACUCUCCGUGAGCUCAGGGAAUUAAUUCUAAGCCCGCUGGAGGUCUGGGAAGCUCCCCAAAGACAGAAAGCACUCGAAGACCUUUCCCGUCAGCAGGCUCCAGCCCAACCUGCGCUCCGGGGUUAGGGUCGUAAGGCCUGCGCUCGAGGUUCUCCCUUCACUGUUCGCAGAUACACAUCACGGCGCUUGAGCUGUGCUGAAGGGGGCAGAGGCCACGAGGGUGCCGUUCUCCAGUCCUGGCUUUCUCGGCUUCCAGGACGGUGUGGCAUUCUGAACCUGGAAAUAAAGUUGUAGCUGUAAUGAUGUGUCUCUGCCGCACAGUAUUUGAGUGAAGGAAGAGAUGGAGGAACGGAGGCGGAGGAUCGCUGGGCUCUGCUCAGUCACAGAACAGCGGCAGCACUCCCGGAUCGCAGAUCUCCGAGCGCGCGGACUCCGCCUCCCCUGGCCCCUGGGCACUUGGCUAACGGAUCGUUUUUCCAGGGGUAUUCAACAAAGCUUCACCCGGAGCUGUAAAUAGUGUCAGCAGGAGCUCUCAUUAGAAUGCUGUGUCCCUUCCUCUAACUUCUCUUUCUCUCCCUCUCUUUCUCUCUCCCUUUCAUGUCCUGGUAUUGGACCAAGGCCUUUGCAAUGAAUUACAUCCUCACUGUUCUUUUUAACUUUUUUUUUUUUUUUUUUACUUCUGAGACAGGGUCUCACUGAGUUGCCUAGGCUGGGCUCAAACUUGUCAUCCUCCUGCCUCAGCCUCCCAGACUGCUGAGAUUACAAGCGUGCACCACCAUGCCCAGCUCACUGCCUUUUAUAGCCAAUAUAAAUGUCUAUUUGCACACCUUUUGUUGUGGUUUUAUAUUGUAACAGCAUUUUGGAGGGGGGGAACUACUGUAUUUAAAGUAAGGUUUCAUAUUAUGUCAACAGUAAUUAAAUUAUGUUUGAAAAGUGCCCAUAUUCUGUACCAAAAGUCACCGGUUUUUCUUCUAGCUGGUAAAAGUAGAAUUUUGCAUGACCUCUCA